CCCUUCCCCCUGAACAUUAGGCUUGAAUUUUAUCGAGGACCUGCAAAAUCACCUUCAAAGCUGCCAUUGACUGCAUAUUGAUUAGCACAGCUGCUCGGCCAGGGUUCCAGCAUGAAGCUCUUUACCAUCGUGCCCUGUACUACCAUCACCCUCGUCUUCCUCUCCAUCAUUCUUCGGAGUUCUUACUUAGCAGAGGCCGAAAUGAGCUCCAGUGUCUCCUUGACAGACCAUGGGGGCAAUGGGAGCCAGUGGCAAUGCCCUGAUGUGCAAUUCUGCCCGGAUGUAGCCAACUGCUGCCAGCUCGGGGUAGACGAGUACGGCUGGAUUGCAGCUGCUGUUGGCUGGAGCCUCUGGUUCCUGACUCUCAUCCUGCUCUGCGUGGAUAAGAUCAUGAAACUCAGUCCCGAUGAACCCAAGUAUUUGCAAGCAUGAGACGUGGCAAGCCAGCAAGAACCAGCAUCCGCCACGGUCAUCCAGGGAAGAGCAGAUGGGUUAAGAAGCAAUUGAACUGCUUUGCUGAAGAAAGAAAAGGACAGUCAGGCCUCUUAUACUAAAAAUGGGUCCAGAUCCAAGUGAGGCAUGGUAGUGCCUUCCCCAGGAGGUUUUAUAGCUGAUCCACUUGAGCCAACCAAGUCCUGGAGUGGAUUCCAGUCCCUUGUAGUAAUUUACAAUUAGUCCUAUGAUGCAGAAUGCCCCCUCUUUCCUGGAUACCUGUACUCUGCUAUGAGCUUGCCACCUGCAAUUCACCUAUCACUAGCCCACAUAACACUUACAGAGGACAGUUCAGUACACAGCUUUUGACCGUCGAGCAGACAACAGGUUAGUGAAACUAAUUUUAUUUAUAAAAGACCCACCAUUAGCAGCUCCAUACUUAAGAGUGUGUAACCUGGGCCAAAUCCUCAGCUGGUAUGAAUUGAUGUAACUCCACGGCUUUUAUGGAGUUGUCUUCACACAAAAGUUGCACUGGUUAAAUUAAAAGUGCGUUAAAACUGAUUUAUUUAAACUAGUGCAGACUUCUGUGUGGACACUCAAGGCUUGUCUACACAAUAAAAUUGUGCUGGCUUAAUUUAGAACCGAUUUAGUUCAGCUAGUGCAACUUGUGUGUGUGGAUUCUCUUGAAUCAGUUCAGAAUUGCACCAGUUUAAUUUAAACAAUUUUUAAAAUUAUAUAUUUAAACCACCGUGAACCCAUCUGGACUCACUUUGGUUUAAGAGAGCAUCAUUUUGUUUUAAUAAUCAAGAUCAACUUAAACUAAAUCCAAAAAAGCCACCGUUAAACCAAAGUAAGUGCGUCCACAACAGGUUUGCACCCUUUUAACUAAAUCAGCUUAAAUUCACACCUCAGGUUCCAACUGUGCAACUUUCCUGUCUAGACAAGGCUCAAGUCAAUUAAAAAACCAACCUUUAAGACCUUGUCUACACCUGUGGUGGUGGCGGCAUGUAGGGACAUGUAGUUCCACAGCACAGUGAAAAGUGGGGAGGCAGUGGGACCUGCAAGGCACUGCUCAGAUGUGUAGAGGGCUGGGUAGGGUAUAUACCCUACCAAGACACCAUUUCAUACAAGGUAACUCCUCUGUGGAGAGAAACACUGAGCUGAAAUUUUAACAUCAGGAAAUGAAGCAUGAAAAAGGAAGGACUUCAUUCUUUUGUGGCUUUUUUAUUGUGAUUUUUUUUUUUAAACAUGCGCAGAAAUACCAGUAGGAAACAAUCACAAAACAUCGCUCAUCAAGAAAACCUCACCAUUUCAACAUGCAAAAAUUAAACAAAAGCAACAGUCACCUGACAAAUAUUAGUGUUGGACCUGCCAACUACUCCUUUUCACAAAAAAUAUAUAUAAACUUGUAUAUUUACAAACUUACAGAAACAAAGGAUUUGUAUUUUGUCGUCAUUGAUUGAAAGAACAGUGAGUUGACAGUUAAACACUGUAAAUUACGGAUGAAUGACAAAUCUUACAGCUAUAUACACACAAUGGUUUUGUCCUGAUCUAUUAUUUUAAUGUGUAUUGGUCUGACUGCAACAUGAUGUGUGUUGUCAAAAACACCACAUACUGCCUAGUAUCUACCUGCUGCAGAACCCUUUCUGUUCUUCGGCAGUUUUAGGGAGAUUGUUCUCCAGAUUAGAAAUAGAUCAGCGGCUGCUGGAAGUGGGAUUAGCUAUGAUUUCUGUAGUUCUUUCACUACCCUAGCUAAG